AUGCAAGCUUUGAAGCCAGACAAGAUCAUCGACGAGGUAUUCGUCCCUACUACUUCAUCAUCUCCCUCUGAUUACAUCCUAGGACCAUGCGCCGACGCCGACGAGUCUCCUUCAAAGCUCGCCUCUCGCUACCCACUACACGAAGGGGGAGAGCUCCUCCUGCAUUCUUUACAACCCGAGUUGUUCAAGAAUGACAAGCCUUUCAGGCUAUGGCCGUUCGUAAACGUGAACUGGGCGAACUGGGUAAACCGAGUAGAGAAGGAAAAAUGGAAACUUUGGAAAUCGAUAGGGAUAUACGACGCCAUUCAGCUCUCCAAGAUUGAAAUCCCCAAGGACAAGAAUCUUCUUUACGCCGCCCUUUGCUUCUGGUCGAGUUCGCAUAAUGCUUUCCACUUUAGGUUUGGAAUGAUGUCCCCGACCGUGGUAGACAUCGUUUCCUUGACUGGGCUCCGGCCACAUGGGGACGAAGCCUUUGCUCUUCGCAAUGAAACCAACUAUGAGUUCCCUCGUACUGAGGAGGGGGAAGAAAUCUUUGCCUAUGGGAAAUUUCUUGAGGCUUCGGUUGGGAAAACAGGAACAGUUACAGAACAUGAACAUGUUUCUUUCUUGAUUAUGUGGCUGUCAAAAUUUGUGUUCUGUGAUACUUCUGAGAGAAUUUCAAGAAAGUAUGCACAGUUAGCAUUUGCUCUUGCCACUGGCAAGAAGCUGGGUUUAGCUCCCUUAGUGUUAUGCCAUCUUUAUCAUACUUGUAAAGGGAUUGUUGGGAACAAAUUUGGCCGUUCUGGGGGACCCUUUUGGAUCCUACAGCUUUGGCUGCACUCAUAUUUCCCAGAAGUUAGGCCUAAGGAUAAUGGCAUUGGCACAGAUGAUGAUAAGAUCAGCUAUGGGGUGGGUUUGGCUAGAGGCCAGCUACAACCCAGAAGCUUUAGUCAAUAUUUUAAGUUCUUUUACACAUGCCCUGCUAGAACUGCUACCCAGUUUAUUCCACAUUGCACCGUGGCUGCCCCGAAAUGGUUUCAGGAGUCUUUGUAUCCUAACAGUGCAAAAGGGAGUAGGAAAGAGUUGGUGGAUAUGUGGGGUAGCUAUUUUGUUGCUCGAACAUUGUCACUUUGCCUUGCAGGUUGCCCGAGGGUUAAGUCGGGUUGCUGCAAGUGUGGGGUGGAGUAUUACUCGCCCAAUCAGUUUGCUCGGCAGCUGGGGAUGAGGCAGGGUGUUCCACUGCCUCCUCUUCAGUCUGCAACUCAUUCUUCAGCUCAAGUUCUGUCUCGGUCAGUGAAAACGCCUGAAGAAGCUAAUCAGAGGUUUGAGAAAUUAAGGAGGAAGUUCUCAUUUCUUGAAGGCGGCUCUGCAGAGUCAAAGUGUAGUAAAUCGUUCGAGUCGUGGUGGAUGAUAUAUGUAGCUAAAACAUGGACAAAAUCAGCUGAUGAUAUCCUCGAUCGGGUCUUCCCCUUACAAGGCGCGAUUCCUGUUGCUAUUCCUCUUUGUAUCAAUUGGGAAGCUGUGAAACUGCAGGAUCCAUCAUGCUGUAGUAGUGUGAAGGUUUCUAAAGAAACUUCCAUAAAGAAGAAAGGGAUAUAUGAAGGGCUUCUCAUUUCAUCCUUAAACGAAUCCGAGAAGGGGGGUUAUGAUGAACAAGGAUGUUCACAUGAAAUGGAGGAGAAGCCAUCCAUGAAGGCAAAGAGAAAAUUCGAACAUACUUCUCCUUUAUGCCAUGGCUUGGUAGAAACCAGUUCGAGUCACAAGACUGAUGGUGACACUUCAGUGUCAGAUGGAAUUCGCUCUUUCACCUCGCCUCUUCCAUACGAUAAAGAUGUUGGGAUCGGGGCAAUGGAUGAAGUCACGCCUGCUGAUCCUUCUAGCGAAAUUGCAGACUUCUUUUCUCAGGUUGCAACUCAACUUAAACAAGCUCAAACUGCAGAUGUUGAGUUGCCCUCACUGAAGAAGCCUCGCCACUCUGCUGAAUCUAUUGCAAAAUCCCGAAGCAAUGUUCACAAAUUCCUCCAAAUGCCUUUUGAGGAUGCUGUUCUUCCUGAUAACCGUUCUGCACUUGAUGCUUCGAUCCCCAUUUAUGCUGCCUCACCGAAUCUGCCUGUUUCAAAAACGUGUGCUUUGAAGAAACUCAAACUAGACCUCCCAUUGCUUUGCUCGGAUUUCUAUCAGGCAAAGAAGGAUCACGAGGAGUAUCGUGCUAAGGUGGCCGAGAAAGUAUCCCUGGUGGAUGAACUAACGAAAGCAGAGGAAUCCCACACGUUCCUAAAGAACAAACUCGAGAAACUUAACAUCAAAAUCCUGCAACUCAAAGAGAGCCUGAAGGAGGCAGAGAAAAGUAAGGAAGACAUCGAGAAGCAGCAGUUAAACCUGAAAAACUCGUGCUCUCCCAAGCUAGAUGCACUGAACGAGGUGAACGCCAAGUUUUGUGGUUUGGAGAAGAAAAAGGAAGAAGCUGAUUCUGUCAUUGCUCAAGUGGAGGCUAGUUGGGCAGACAUCAGGUUAAAGAUCACUGAUUCGUAAGCUUCAACUUUGCAGGCAGAUCAGAUCGAGCCCGUUAAACAUAUCCAUUUUGUGGUGAUGUUAGACUCAGAAACUAAUGUAAAUGACUUGAAAAAUGUUACUUUAGAUUAAUGUGAAAGGGUGCAGGUAGCUUCUCAUCCAAGACUGAUCUGAUCUUUUAUGUU